UAUAAGAUUAUGAAAUUUACAAAAUAAAUGUACAAUUUAUAUUUAUAACUCCUAAUAAUUGUGUGAUAGAAAAAAAGAAAUAUGAAAAUAUAUUUGAAAAAUUGAUAAAUGAGAUUUUAAUACCUCAUUUCCUUCCAAACUUUUCAUUUAUUUUCCAAUGGUACAUACAAUGUAUCAUUUUUCAUCUUUUUCUUUAUAUCAUUUCUACAUUUCUGUAUAUUUGUAGUCUAACAGUACAAUAAAUAGGCAUGAUAAAACAUUUGUGAAAAUUUUUUCUCAGCAGUUUCACCCGUACUUAAAAAAAUAUAUAUCCACUGCAUGCAAAUCUUGUGAUUAAAUUUAUAUUGAAAUGUAUUUUUUGAUCUGGAUCUUAAAAGUGAUUGAGAAGGUUAAAUAACCUAAUUAGUUUAUCGAAAUAUUCUUUAAUAUGACAUGGACCGAAGAUGAUACUGAGAAAUUAAUAGCACUUUAUGGACGAUAUCAGUGUUUAUGGAACCCAUUUCAUCCUGAAUUUAAUAACAAAUCGUUGUAUUAUAAAGCGUAUAAGGAGAUAAAGAAUUCCAUCAAUAUUCCUGGAUUAACAAUAUGCGAUUGUAUUCAGAGAAUUGCAAACGUAAAAAAGGAAUAUUGUUAUGAAUUAUCAAAAAUUGCUGCAGCUAUAUUUUGCGAAAAAUUAUACGCGCCAAAAGUGAAAUGGUUUAAAAGGAUGCAUAUACUCUUCUUUCCAUACAUAUCAAUAUCUCGUUACAAUAAUUCUAGAGAGCAAGAUAAUAGCUCACCAAAAUUUAAUGACAGCAAUAUUCAAGAUAAAUUUUCAUAUUCUGUUGAAAAAUUAAAAGGCGAACAUAUUUGCUCAAAUAAUACCUGUGGAAUGUGUCAACUCCAAGAAAUCGAAUUGUGUUUAAAAUUGAGAGAUAACGCUCCAAAAUUGCAAGAUGCCUUUGUACCUUCUGAAACAAUUCAAGUGAUUGAUGUAGCGACAGAAAUGAGUAAUAGUUUUAACAUAGAACACGAAACGCAAACGGAUUUGCUUCAUGAACGAAAAUAUGUCGCGGACGAUAAUGACGGAAAAAAGGAUCGUUCUACAUGCACGGAUGAUAUUCCUGUAGAAGUGCACGAUAGAAAAAAAAUUGAAAAUAAGUUCGAAAUAUUUGGGAAAUGUGUAGCGUUCCAAUUACAAACUAUUGAUAUUCAGACUGCUGUGGAAUUGGAAAAAAAAAUACAAAGUUUGAUAACAAAAGCGCGAUUGAAAAUCUUAGAAUCUAAAUUAGCAAAUCAGAGUAGCCACUCAAUUUGCUGUUGCGAUUGUAAUAAUUGUAAAGUAAUGUAUAAAGAUGAAACUUGUAGCUGUGGUCUAACAUUAAAGGAAUGUUUAUUGCUCACUAAAAUUAAAGAGAGCAAAAAUUAUGGAUUUUAUUACAAAUAAAAAGUAAAAAAA